UCAUGCUGAUAGACUUCAGAUGGACUCGACUACUUUGAUGAAUAUUCGUAAUGGUUCCUUGCUCAUUUGCCAGGACUCUCUAAUAAUUACUUGUUGGCGCAGUUUUUGGCUGUGAGCUUUCCAGCUAUUAUUUCCCCCUGCUCAGAACAUGGCAGCUGUAUUCUGUGAUGGAACCCUUUUCAGGAAAAAUCGGCGUGCUUGAUCAAUGAUGGGGCAGAUUGAGUUCCCAGAAGUGCUGAUAUCUUCCGUGGCUUCUACUGACUAUAAAACUGGCGCUAGUUUACAGUUUAUUCAAACGAGAGAGGAUCGAGUUCUUCGUCGAUAGUCACUUCAGACUUCAGGAUCAUCCCCUUGCAUCUGACUGCAAUGACUAAAGCCACGAGCUACCUCUGUCUGGUGCUUGUAGCACUAGCCCUCGUCUCCCCGAGUCUCUGCUACCCUCGCCAUGAUUGGGCACGUCGCCCUACAGGACCAGGAAACAGUAAGCCCGGACCAUCUAUGCAAGAACAAGUUAUGCAAGGUCCUGUCAUAGAGCCUCCACAGUGUCCCAUUCCUGGUCAGGUGUAUAUGGAGUGUGGAUCGGCCUGCCCUCCUACCUGUGAUGAUUAUUUCAACCUCGACCUCAUCUGUCCCCUGGUGUGCGUGCCAGGCUGCCAGUGCCUCAGUGGUUUAGUGUUGGACAAUGACCGCUGUGUACGUCCAAAAGACUGUCUCGUUAUAGAGCCUCCACAGUGUCCCAUUCGUGGUCAGGUGUAUAUGGAGUGUGGAUCGGCCUGCCCACCUACCUGUGAUGAUCUCAACCCCAUCUGUCCCCUGGUGUGCGUGCCAGGCUGCCAGUGCCUCAGUGGUUUAGUGUUGGACAAUGACCGCUGUGUACCUCCAAAAGACUGUGAGCCUCCACAGUGUCCCAUUCGUGGUCAGGUGUAUAUGGAGUGUGGAUCGGCCUGCCCACCUACCUGUGAUGAUCUCAACCCCAUCUGUCCCCUGGUGUGCGUGCCAGGCUGCCAGUGCCCCAGGGGAACUGUUCUGGACGGAAAACGCUGCGUUUCACCAACAACUUGUGAUGCCAAGUUGGUUGAACUGGAAGCAAUAGAUCAGAAAAUUGUAGGAUUAGGCAUUCUCCAGCAUUAGUCUCUAUAACUUGUCUUCCAUGCUCUUGGUGUAGUUUGGUGUGAUCAAUCAGUAAUUGAAAAUGCUGUUGUGAAAAUUAUGGUGGCAAGAACAUACGACCUUUUGUGCA